AGUGCGCCACAUUGUUGCCAAAAUUUUUUUUUGUUAUUAUUACAACAUUUUCUGUAAAUGGUGGUAAAGUCGAAAAUUUUAAUAUGCGUUGCUAUUACGAAGAACUGGGAGUGACACGCGACUCCAAUGAAAAGGAUAUCAAGGCAGCGUACAGGAAAUUGGCUCUUAAGUGGCAUCCAGACAAAAAUCAGGAGGUUGAGGCAAAGGAACGGUUUCAGCAUAUACAGCAGGCGUAUGAUGUGUUGUCGGAUGCACAGGAGCGCGCUUGGUAUGACAAUCAUCGCGAGCAGAUAUUGCGAGGAAAAAAUUCGGAAUACUCAGAGAAUUGUCUGGAUGUGUUCCAAUUCUUUACCAGUAGCUGCUACAAAGGCUUUGGAAAUGAUACGCAAGGCUUCUACACCGUAUACCGUGAUGUUUUUAACAAAAUUGCGGCCGAGGAUAUGGAGUUUGCUGAUAGCGAUGAAGAACGAGGCGCACCACAGUUUGGCAAUGCUGAAAGUAAUUACGAAGAGGUCGUGGCGCCUUUUUACGCCUAUUGGCAGGCGUAUAGCACCAGAAAGACCUACGAGUGGUUGUGUCCCUACGACGUGCGCGACAUCAAGGAGCGCUUUAUAUUGCGCAAAGUGGAAAAGGAAAUGAAGAAAAUUGUGCAAAACGCACGCAAAGAACGCAAUGAUGAGGUUCGUAAUUUGGUAAGCUUCGUCCGCAAGCGAGAUCGUCGUGUGCAGGCUUAUAGACGCGUGCUGGAGGAUCGCGCUGAGGCAAAUCGCCUGAAGCAACAAGAAAAGCGUCAGGAGCAGCUGCGUCAGCGUCAGCAGCAGUUGGCAGAGGUGCGGGCUAACAAAGAGAUGAAUGAUGGCUACGAGGAGCAGCUGCGUCAGCUUGAACAGCAAUAUGACAGUGAAACAGACGAAUAUACAGACGAAGACGAGUCACAGGAAGAAGAUGACCUUGAUGACUAUGACUCAGAAACUGAGGCUGAUGGGACGCCAAGCGACAUAGAAUAUGUGGAUGAUCUCUACUGUGUGGCGUGCAACAAGAGCUUUAAGAACGCAAAAGCGCGCGCUAAUCACGAGGAAAGUAAAAAGCACCGCGAAAAUGUGGAGCGACUGCGUCAGCAAAUGACUACGGAGGAGGAAGAGUUUAACAAGCAAAGUGAUGAGCCUGAUAUAGCUCACUUGGAUAUUAACGUAUCACCCGAGGAAGAGGAUGUUGCUGAAGAACCACUGCAGCAAGGCAGUAAGCGUAACAAAAAAAACAAAAAGUCGAAGAAACCAGCAGCCCAAAUCAGGUUUGAUAGCAGCGAUGAGGAAACGGCAGCUGAACAUCUGACCGAAAGUCCCAGCAAAUCAGAGGAAAAUGAUGAUUGGAGUAAUAGCAAAAAGUCUACCAAGAAAACAAAAAGCAAAAAGACCAGCCCCAGCAAUAAAGGGAAAGUUGCAGAGGGAGUUAAUAGUGCUCUGGAGCCAAAAAUAGAGAAGCAGACCAAGCCAUCAGCGGCGUUAAUAAGUGGUGAUGAGGAAACACUUACUCAACAUGUUUGCGUCACUUGCAAACUAAGCUUUGAAUCCAAAAACAAACUUUUUGCUCAUCUAAAGAAAACCAAUCAUGGCGUCUAUAUACCCAAGUCCAAACCAGAUGUAGAAGGCAAGCCGCCAGCCAAAGGCAAAGGCAAACGAAAGUGAGAUAACCACCCAGCAGCGCGAAGCGCUCUAUAUAAAGAAAGGUUAUGUUAGUUAUAGUUUAGUUUACAUUUUUAUGCAAAAAAAAUUAAAUUAAGUGGCGAUGUACAUAAUUUGUAUU